CUCUGAGAGACAUGGUGGUGGAGCUCAACCUGCAGGUGGAGCUGCUGCAGGGAGAGAACUCAGACCUGCAGAGGGAACUUCUCAUCAGCAAGUUCAGGAUCAACCAACUGGAGAGAGAAAAUGCAGCCCAAGAAACUCGUCUGACUGCCACUGAGAGCAAAACAAGUGACCUAGAAACAGAGAACGCAGGGAGGAAGGUGGCCUUUUACGCAGCUCUGACUGAUGAUGGAGAUGUUGGACCAUUCGACAAAGACAUCACACUGAAAUACAGCAAAGUCUUCACCAACAUUGGCGAUGCUUACAGUCCAUCUACAGGUUUCUUCACAGCUCCAGUCAGAGGGGUCUACUACUUCCAGUUCACUCUGUGUGGUUACCAAAAAGAAUGGAUGGGUAUCUAUGUGUUCAAGAACAACCAGAAGAUCAUGGUUAAUGUGAAGGAUAAGGAAGUGACAGGUUUAGAAUAUUUGACUAACUCUGUUGUCUUGGAGCUGAUGGCAGGAGAUGAAAUCCACCUCGUUCUCCCAGGAGGCCUUUCUCUCUAUGACAGUACAAACAACCACAGCACCUUCAGUGGCUCCCUCCUCUUCACACUGUGAGGAUCCUUCAGCUGCUGUCUGACUCCUUAUUGGCUACACUGUGAUUUACUGCAUGUACCAAAUAAUGAGAUUCUGCCUCU